AAGCCACCAUUAGGUUUUUUUUGUAUAUUUCUUAUGAUUCCAAACUUCUUAUGAAAAUCGUUAGAUUCAUCAAAUAUUGUUAGAAUAAGAAAUCACACUCGUACCAGCUUACUACAACGUCCCGUCGAUAGUGGAGCCAUACAUGACGUCAUUGAUUACGUCAUUGUUGUGAGAGUCUGCAGGAUUCCGAUAAAUAGUACUAGGCUCGCAUAGACUAGAAGCGGUUAACCAGAAGCGACAGGUCAGUGAAAACUUUCGAAAUAGUUUCUUUUAACUUUUAGAAUACGUAUAGUGUUGUUGUACAAAAAUAUAUAUUUCAGUUCUGUGCCUUCGGCUUGACCUUCGGAGAUAACCUACCUUACCUAUCUGCACACACACAUGUCUACUUACGUUCUUUCUUCCCUGUCCGUGUUCCUGACGCGGGGGCAAGGCGCGGCGACGCGCCGUCCCCCCCCCCGCGCGGUGAAGGGGGCGGCCGCUGCCGCGCGGCGGGAGAGCGCGCGAUCUUGUUAGUACGCUUACAGUUACCUUCAUGUACGCACAUGUUUGUUUACGUAGUGAUUACGAUUAAAAUAAAACGUAAUAUUCACGAAAAGUUUGCUAUUUCAACGUUGUUGUAACGUUUUGUGAGUGGUUUACCAUUGGAUAUCGGGAUGACCCAACGAGGGAGCCUGGUAACCCUCGGCAAGCUACUGGACGAGCAUGCAGCUACGGACCAGGACGAGGAGAUUUUGGAGCGGGUGAAGGUGCUAGCGCAAGAGCAUCUACCGGAUGGCUGGUCAUCCUGGGAGGUGACUACAGCAACAAAAGAAGACUUGUUUGGUGAGAAGAUCGAUCCUAACAUACUAAAUAAAUUGGUAUUUGCCCUCCCUACCGUGGGCCUAGUCCGCGCAUUUUUACCAGAGGCGGAUCACCUUUCGGAGAAGGGGUAUCGAGACAUAAGGUGUAAGCUUCUUGAUUGGGCGUUUACACGGGCACUUAUUCUUGGGCCACCAGCUGUGGCAAAUCGCAUUCGAGGCUCAGCAGCGCGCACUGAAUUGUUUAAACAGUCAGUCGAAACACUGCGGCCACUGUUACACACUAGACCCGAAGCCGAUCGAAUUCUUUCCGGUUCCCGCUCUGAAUCAGAAGAAACCAGUCGGAAGAGAAGGAGUACGUCCUCUGCAACGACAAAAAAUCAAGAACCUUCGGUACGCAGGCGCAAGAGGGACUCAGACUCACCCUCCACAUCGCAGGAUGCCAGGAUUGAAGCUUUGGAACAAAGAGUGGAGAGCAUGUUUGCUGUUCUGUUGGAGAAACUAGAGCACCGACAACAGUCUGACUGUGAGUCUAACAAAGAAAAUUACUUUUCUAGCGACGAAGAACAUGCAGGUUCAGAGACCUCUGAGUCCCCGUCAUGGAGAGCACCUGCUCUGGACGCGAAUUGGCAAGUCGUAGAAGACGAAAUGGAGCUAGAAUUUCUGCCCACAACCAAGGAAGCGGAACCUCUAAUUCCCGAACCUUCGGCACAAAUUAAGAAGGAAGGAAUUGAGUGCCAAAGGCUGGGCACCGAUAGCUGGAACCGGAUCCGCUAUAAGGAAGUAGAAAAGCAUUUGCAUGCGGCAUCAAUCUUUAGCGCUCUUAAAAUUAACACGGAGCUAGGCACUUUAACCACUCAACCGUCUCCAUGGCUUACGAAGCAAGAGAAUCUCCUAGGCACAAUCACGCACGGGUUGCUGCUCCAACGUAGGGCUCUUGCCGAAAAUCUAAACACAAUAGUUAAAAAGUGUCCAAGUGCUAGUACAGAAUUAAGACAGCUGGUGGCGGAGGACUCCACCUUCAAGACGAUCUCAGAUCAACUUCUGCAGUUUGUGUGCGCUCAUCGGUCUGAGACCAUCGACAUUCGUCGUAAAGCUUUCAAGACAAGGAAUGAGGUCCUUAAUAAUGCACUCCACAAUAUUCCGCCAUCACCGACCCACUUAUUUGAGGAGAAGCAGCUUAGUACUUUAGUCAAGGAAAACGGGGGAUUGUCAGCUGUUUUUAGCUCACCAAGGGCCACGGAAAGGACCGUCAAUUCCUUUCGUAAGCCAGCUCCACCGGUUAGAUCCAAAGCCACGAAACCAUCUUGGCGUUCCCGACCGGCUCCUCAAUACUCCGCUAACUACCACUCAUCGCCCCACAAUGUAUCUUCUCACCACUCAUCCCGCAAUCCGCCACCGAAAAAGCCGUCUAACUACGGUCAACGUAGGGGUAGGGGUGGAAGCGACAAGAAGUCUCGAAAAUCCCGUGCCACAUAUUGACGGUUUUCGAGGGGGACAGCUGGGCGAGUUCCGAGCACAGUGGGAGAAAAUAGGGGCGCCAAAAUCAAUUUUAAAAAUAAUUU